AUGAAUUAUGACAAUGUUCAUUUACAAAAUUCGGUGACAAAUCAACCUGGUUUUCCUACUGCACCGCCAGCUUCAGGUUGUUGUUCUUGCUGUUUUAAAGUGUUUUAUUAUAACGUCAAAUCAAAUCCACCACAAACUGCGAAAAAUUCUUCGUCUGAAACUAGCCCCGAUAGAUCCUCAUUCCUUGCAACGCUGAACAAAGGUGUGGUAGAACGCAAUGUAGAUCUAAAGGGGAAAAAGUUACAGACUAAAUCUCCAAACGUUGGCUCAUUCUUCCCUGCAAAUCUGAACAAAGAUCAGGAAGAUGGCAAUGCUGUUUUAAAUGGGAAACAUUUACAGACGGAAUCUCCAAACGUUGGCUCCUUUUUCCAUGCAAAGCUGAACAAAGAUCAGGAAGAUGGCAAUGUAGUUUUUAAGUCGAAAAAGUUGCAGACUGAUACGUUUAUCAAAGAAGUGGAAGACGGCAAUGCAGUUUCAAAUGGGAAAAAGUGGCAGACUAAAUCUCCAAACGUUGGCUCCUUCUUCCCUGCAAAGCUGAACAAAGAUCAGGACGAUGGCAAUGCAGUUAUAAAUGGGAAAAAUUUGCAGAUUAAAUCUCCAAACGUUGGCUCCUUCUUCCCUGCAAAGCUGAACAAAGACCAGGAAUUUGGCAAUAUAGUUUUUAAGUCGAAAAAGUUGCAGACUGAUACGUUUAUCAAAGAAGUGGAAGACGGCAAUGCAGUUUCAAAUGGGAAAAAUUUGCAGAUUAAAUCUCCAAACGUUGGCUCCUUCUUCCCUGCAAAGCUGAACAAAGACCAGGAAUUUGGCAAUAUAGUUUUUAAUUCGAAGAAGUUGGAGGCUGAUACGUUUAUCUAA